UAAACUCAGCUGCUUUCCGUAUACAUUUGCUUAUACUCAGCUGUAUAACAGUUUCUCCUUUUGUCGUGCAGAGGUCGAUGAAGAUCCUGUCAGCUUUUGUUCUCCCUUCUUUUAUUGCUGAGAGUAUUUACAAGAUAUGGUGGUUUUUCUCAGGGGGAACCCAAAUUCCUUACCUGUACAAUGCCGCUUUGAGCAAUACCUUUGUAUGCAUAUUGUUAAUAUGUUCCUGGCUAUACCGGAUAUCAAUUUCCUUCCUUGUAUGUGUCCUAUUCCGGUUAAUAUGCUGCCUUCAGAUCCUUAGAUUGGAAGAAUUUGCUCAAGUUUUCGAGAGAGAAUCUGAUGUCGCGACGAUCAUGAUAGAGCAUCUGCGAAUAAGAAGAAAUCUUCGUGUCAUUAGCCACCGGUUCAGAGUCUUCAUUUUGUCAACUCUCAUACUAGUUACCAUAAGUCAGUUUCUUGCGUUGCUUCUUACAACUGAGCCUAGCUCCACUGUAAACAUCUUUACAGCUGGUGAACUUGCGUUGAGCUCAAUUACUUUGGUAACUGGACUUUUCAUGUGCUUGCGUAGUGCGGCAAAGAUCACACACAAAGCACAAGCUGUGACAUCACUUGCAGCCAAAUGGCAUGCUUGUGCGACGAUCAGCUCCUUUGAUGACAUGGAUAAUGAGACUCCCACGGCUCAGAGCACGACGACUCAGGUUGUAUACCCUAUCAAUUCCAGUUGGGACACUGACGAGGAAGGAGAUGGAGAUGAUGUUUUGGACAACACAAAUAUGGUGCCAGUUCAUGCCCAUACGAUAUCGUACCAGAAGAGACAAGCACUAGUGUCAUACUUUGAGAACAACAGAGCUGGAAUCACAGUAUAUGGGUUCAUGUUAGACAGGACAUGGCUUCAUACAAUUUUUGCAAUUCAGCUGUCUCUUACACUCUGGAUACUGAACAAGACAAUUGGUAUUUCGUAAAAUCCCAGUCGACGACAAGGUUUCUGUGUUUGUGGAUGUACAAAAAUUUUGUUGAGAUUACAUCUAGAGAAACUACUAUAUAUAUAUUUGCAUAUAGAAUGCUCAAGUUUUGCAUAGUUUGUUCCUACUUAGUUUAUUCACUAUUGACAAUGAUUGUCAAGUGUACUAUCUGUUUAUAUCAAUUUCAUGAAUGAAGUGAAAAGUUUGUGCUUGGA